AUGGCCCUGCCUGAACACACAAGGGGAGAGGCAAAGGCUGGCUGGCACCCGGGGACGCCCCAGCGGCGUCAGGCCCGCUCCCUGCGCCUGAGCGGGGGGUUGUCUCGAAGGAGGAGCAGCAGUCUCAAAGUGGUACCCUCCAUGCAAUAUUUUCCGCGACUCCGAAACAAAGAAAACCGGGGACUAAUCGGGGCUGAGGCCAAAGAAGUCUCCCCACCUCAACGCGUGACAAGAUCCCAAGCUGCGAUAUCUGCUAAAAGCUCAGAGGUCCUUCCUGAGGUUGUUCCUGAGAGCCCUCCUGCCCAGCAAGUGGAAGGGAAGGUUUCCUUAGUAGAAGCCAAUGUCAGUGGUCGCGUUAGCACUGAGAUUCACCUCUGGAAGAGCACACCCGAACCAGCAGAGAAGCUUUCCACGAGCACCCUCUUGAGUUCAGGUGACGGCUCUCCCAAGGAAAGCAGGGUUACCAAGCUGCCGCCUGUGCCUGCAGCCUCUGAGCUCAUGGUCCCUCACACCCCUGAGGCAAACGACGCAGGAGAAAGCGAGGCUGCACCUAAGCUGAAGACAGCCAAGGCAGCCAAUACCACCUUCAUUUUAAGCGAAGAGUCUAGGCUGGAUGAGGGAGAUGACUCGACUCAGGUACAGGCGGGGGCUGACAAGGAGCCUUCCCAGCUCAUCAGGGAUAUCCCAGGGACUCCGACAGGCUCUAGACAGAGCCGUCGCUCGGUGCGUAGAAGUCUGAUGGGUAAAACUUCCAUGACUCGCAGAACCUCCUUAGCAGAGAAAUACUCAUUAGCCAGCAAGAGGGAAAGUGUGAUCCGGAAAUCUGUCACCAGGACAAUGGUUAAGAGGAAGGCAGCUCAAGGGUCGUCUGUGCCCUCCAGUCACAUGGAUGUCUCCAGCUCUGGAGAGGUGCCAGAGGAUGAAGAAACAGUUCUCAAAACUGGGCUGCCUCCUGGACCUUGUACCCCCUCCAAUUCGAAUCUCCAAAGUCCACGGAUGUCACUUCGCUCUCGGACUGUCACCAGAAACCAACAGCCCCAGGAGACGAGCACCAAUGAAAAUAACUUAAAUAAGAACGGGGAGACCCAGGAACCGCCCCAGAGUGCCAGGAGAAAGCCAAGUUACAAACGGGCUGUGGAUGAAUGCUAUGACAAUCAGCAAGCAGCUGAUGGAGGGCUUUCUCCUCCGAAAAGAAAGACCCCAUCCCCUACCUUUCCAGCCAGCAAAGUUGUACGUCCUUUCAAAACAUUUUUGCACACUGUGCAGAAGAACCAGCUCCUCAUGACGCCGAGCUCUGUGGGGAGAAAUGUAGUGAUAAAAUCUUUCAUCAGGUACAAUACUCCUCUCCAGUCCGAUCCCAAGGAAAAGGAAAGACAGAAGCUUGAGACUCUGAGGAAAAAGCAAGAAGCUGACCAGCUGAGAAAACAAAAACUGGAGGAAGAAAAGAAAAGGCGACUAGAGGAGGCAAAGCUGAAGCGUGAGGAGCGCCUGCGCAAAGUGUUGCGAGCUCGGGAACGGGCAGAGCAAAUAGAGGAAGAGAGGAAAAGGCGCAUUGAGCAGAAGAUAGCUCUAUUUGAUGAGAAGACUGAGAAGGUGCGGGAGGAAAGGUUGGCAGAGGAGAAGAUCAAAAAGAAAGCAGCUGCCAAGAAAAUGGAGGAAGCGGAGGCCCGGCGCAGGCAUGACGAAGAGGCCAGAAAACAAAAAGCACUGCAGCAGGAGGAGGAGGAACGUCGGCACAAGGAGCUAAUGCAGAAGAGGAAGGAAGAGGAGCAAGAACGUGGCAGGAAGAUUGCUGAGCGGAGACAGGCAGAGCAGGAGAGAGAAAAACUGCUGGCUGCGGAGAGAGAGCUGGAGAGGAAGAAGGAACAGGAGAGGAUCCAAGCAGAAAAGCUGCGUGAACAGCAGGAGAAGGCUGCUCGCCUGCAGAAGGAAGCGUUGGCUGCUAAAGAACGGCUCCAGAAGGAGAUGGAGAAGAAAGAACAGGAGGAGCAGAGGCUAGCAGAGAUGAAGAGACAGGAGCAAGAACAGAAGAAACUGCCAGAGGAGCAAAAGGCUAAAGACAGAGCCCAAACACAGCACCAAGAAAACCAAGAGAACUCACCUGCCUGCACUUCCUACCAGAUGACUCCACAGGCACAGAAAGAUCCAAAGCCCCCUGUCAUAAAUCCAAACAACUACGGACUGGAUCUCAACAGCGAUGACUCUACGGAUGACGAAAGCCAGCCUCGCAAGCCCAUCCCUGCCUGGGCAACUGGGAAUCAGCUUAGCCAGGCUGUGAUCCACCAGUACUACAACCCUCCCAACAUUGACGCCAUCUUUGGGGUGAUUGCAAGCCCCAAGCUGGAGGACAUCUUCUACAAAAGCAAACCGCGCUACUUCAAGCGCACAAGCUCUGCUGUGUGGAACUCCCCACCCUUUCCUGGUGCCAAAUCAGUUCUGGGUCUGCCAUGCAGCCUGAAAAAGUGCUGAGGCAGGCAGUGGCGGCUGCCUGUGGAGCAGGGGGUGUACGCUUGGGUGUCUAGGUGGGAGGGUAUUUCUGUUCAGUAUCUGU